CGAUAAUUUCCAAGAGAAAGGGAAGCUUUCAGUUUUAGGGUUCGUAGGGAUUCACUUUAAUCAACCCAAGAGAAUUGACAUCGAAAUCCCAGAUAGAAUUCGAGGGUAGGACUCGCAAAGUACGGCUUAUUAGAAGAAGAAAGAAAUGGAGGGUUUUGUUGAUCACUAUAUAGUUCUAGGUUUACCCUCUGGAGAGGAAGCUUUGAAGCUUAGUGAGAAGGAGAUUGCAAAAGCAUACAAGUUGAAAGCUUUGGACUUGCAUCCGGACAAGCGUCCAGAUGAUCCUGAUGCUCAUGACAAGUUUCAGAGGCUUAAGACAUCUUACGAGGUUCUCAAAGACGAGAAAGCCCGCAAGCUGUUUGAUGAUCUUCUUAGAAUCCAGCGUGAGAAACAACAUAAGAAAUCGCAAGUAGAUUCCAAGAGGCGUAAGAUGAUGUCAGAUCUCGAGGAAAGGGAGCGUUCUGCUUUUUCUCCUCAUCCUGCAGCUAGAGCUUAUGAUGAAGAAGAGAGAAUCGCAAGGAAGUUGAAGGAGGAGAUAGAGAGGAUACGUGCAAGACAUGCGAAGAAGAAAAGUGGUUUCGAAACUCCAGAGAGUGGUGUAGAUGAAAAGAGAAAAGAAGAUAGAAGCGGUACUGGAGCUAGUGUUCAACUCGAUAAAGAGAGAAUGUUGAAGGUUUCUUGGGAAAAAAUUGGUGAAGGGUAUACAGCAGGAAGGCUCAGACAAGUGUUUUCAGAGUUUGGUGAGGUUGAAGAUGUUGUUAUAAGGAGUACUAAGAAGAAAUGCUCUGCUCUUAUUGUAAUGGCUACAAAGGAUGGAGCUGUUGCAGCGACGAGGACAUUGUGUGGGGAUCUUUCUAAUCCCUUGCUGGUUGUACCUCUUCAGAAAGCAGCCCAAAACGAUUUUCUGACCGCAAAGAAAUCUGCAGAAGCAGAACCGCGGAGUGACAUAGUAGGUGCUGGUCUUCAAGCUUAUGAAGACGCUGUCAUGCAAAGACUUCGAAAAGCAGCAAUGGACCAGAAAAAUCGAGGGGUUAAGCCACAUGAUCAAGAAUAAAGGCUGCUUCAAGACCAAAGUGUUCAAGAAUUAAGCUCUCUGCUUCAUGAUUAAGAACUAAGCUCCUUAUACAUUGUUUAUGUACAUCCAAUCUCAUAUCAAUUAUUGUUCUAGAAUCUAAAAUUCUAAUUCUGCCAAGAGUAAAAGCUUCUACCCAUG